CAUCCACUCCCCCACUCUACUCGAUACCGGGUCUCCGCCUAGUAAACUGUGCGUGCUCAGCCUCAGCUCAGCUCGCUUCUGCUCUGCUCUGCUCAGCUUGCUCAGCUACCCCCACUCGCCUCGCUUGUCCUCUCCCCCAUCCAUCUCCAUCUCAAUAACAGCACCCACCAACUCGUCCCCCCCGCACACUCGCCGUCGCCAAUGCCGACGCCCAUGUCGCCGUCCUUCUUCUGACCCCGACGCACCUCGAGCGCGCCCAGCCAAAGAACCGUCCCAUCGCCGACGCAGCCGAGACGAGACCACCAUGGCCGCCUUCCUCCCCCUCCUGCUGCUCGCCGUGGCGGCCAAUGCCGCCUUGAUGGUGACCCCGGCGCUCGGGCUCAACCAGGACGGCCUCUACCUGCUUGACGCCAAGCGCGCGCUCACCGCCUCCGCGCUCGCGGACUGGAACCCCCGCGACGCCACGCCCUGCGGCUGGACGGGCGUCUCCUGCGUCGACGGCGCCGUCACGGAGGUCUCGCUCCCCAACGCCAACCUCACCGGCUCCUUCCCGGCCGCGCUCUGCCGCCUCCCGCGGCUCCAGUCCCUCAACCUCAGGGAGAACUACAUCGGCCCCGACAUCGCCAAGGCCGUCGCCGGAUGCAAGGCGCUGGUGCGCCUCGACCUGUAUAUGAACACGCUCGUCGGGCCGCUCCCCGACGCGCUAGCCGAGCUCCCGGAGCUCGUCUACCUCAGCCUCGAGGCCAACAACUUCUCCGGGCCCAUCCCGGACUCCUUCGGCACGUUCAAGAAGCUCCAGUCGCUCUCGCUCGUCAACAACCUGCUCGGCGGCGAGGUCCCGGCGUUCCUCGGCCGCAUCUCCACGCUCCGGGAGCUCAACAUGUCCUACAACCCUUUCGCUCCCGGUCCAGUGCCGGCCGAGCUCGGCGACCUCACCGCGCUGCGCGUGCUCUGGCUCGCCAGCUGCAACCUCGUCGGCUCCAUCCCGGCGUCUCUCGGCCGGCUCGCCAACCUCACCGACCUCGACCUGUCGUUGAACGCGCUCACCGGCCCGAUACCACCGGGGCUUGCCGGUCUGACAAGCGCCGUUCAGAUCGAGCUGUACAACAACUCGCUCUCCGGCACAAUCCCGAAGGGAUUCGGCAAGCUCGCAGAGCUCAGGAGCAUAGAUAUCUCCAUGAACCGCCUCGGUGGCGCCAUCCCGGAUGACCUGUUCGAGGCGCCAAAGCUGGAGAGCCUGCACCUGUACUUGAACUCGCUCACGGGGCCCGUGCCGGACUCCGCGGCGAAGGCGUCCUCGCUCGUUGAGCUGCGCCUGUUCUCGAACCGGCUGAACGGCACGCUGCCGGCCGACCUCGGUAAGAACACGCCACUGGUGUGCCUGGACUUGUCCGACAACUCCAUCUCCGGCGAGAUCCCAAGGGGCAUAUGCGACCGCGGCGAGCUGGAGGAGCUGUUGAUGCUCAAUAAUGCGCUUACCGGGCGCAUCCCCGAGGGGCUCGGGCGAUGCCAUAGGCUGCGACGGGUGCGGCUCUCCAAGAAUAGGCUCGACGGCGAUGUGCCCGGCGCGGUCUGGGGCCUGCCGCACUUGGCGCUUCUGGAGCUCAACGACAACCAGCUUGCCGGGGAGAUCUCCCCUGUCAUCGCCGGCGCGGCCAACCUGUCCAAGCUGGUUAUCUCCAACAACCGGCUAACCGGGAGCAUCCCCUCGGAAAUUGGAUCCGUCGCCAAGCUGUACGAGCUAUCGGCAGACGGCAACAUGCUCUCAGGGCCUCUUCCCUCGUCUCUUGGCAGCCUCGCGGAGCUCGGCCGGCUCGUGCUCCACAACAACUCGCUAUCUGGUCAGUUGCUCCGGGGAAUCCGUUCUUGGAAGCAGCUUAGCGAGCUCAACCUUGCCGACAAUGGCUUUACCGGAGCCAUACCACCGGAGCUGGGUGACUUGCCGGUGCUCAACUACCUUGACCUCUCCGGCAACCGUCUCACCGGCCAAGUACCUGCUCAACUGGAGAACCUGAAGCUGAAUCAGUUCAACGUUUCUAACAACCAGCUCAGUGGCCAGCUUCCAGCGCAGUAUGCAACGGAAGCAUACCGCAGCAGCUUCUUGGGCAAUCCAGGGCUCUGUGGAGACAUUGCCGGUUUGUGUUCUGCUUCGGAAGCAAGUUCAGGGAACCACUCUGCGAUUGUCUGGAUGAUGCGGUCGAUAUUCAUAUUUGCGGCUGUUGUCUUGGUCGCCGGCGUCGCAUGGUUCUACUGGAGGUACCGGAGCUUCAACAAAGCGAAGCUGAGAGUGGAGCGCUCAAAAUGGAUAUUGACAUCCUUCCACAAGGUGUCAUUUAGUGAGCAUGAUAUCCUGGACUGCCUUGAUGAGGAUAAUGUCAUUGGCAGUGGUGCAUCCGGGAAGGUUUACAAGGCGGUGCUCGGCAAUGGCGAAGUGGUCGCCGUCAAGAAGCUGUGGGGCGGCGCGGCGAAGAAGGACAUCGACGGCGAGGGGUCGGCGGCAGACAACAGCUUCGAGGCCGAGGUGAGGACGCUUGGCAAGAUUCGACACAAGAACAUCGUCAAGCUCUUGUGCUGCUGCACGCACAAUGACUCCAAGAUGCUGGUGUACGAGUACAUGCCCAAUGGUAGCCUCGGGGACGUGCUUCAUAGUAGCAAGGCUGGUUUGCUGGAUUGGCCUACGCGGUACAAGAUUGCGCUGGAUGCAGCUGAGGGCCUAUCCUACCUGCACCAGGACUGCGUGCCAGCCAUCGUCCACAGGGAUGUCAAGUCGAACAAUAUCCUCUUGGAUGCAGAGUUCAGUGCUUGUGUUGCAGAUUUCGGUGUUGCCAAGGUGGUGGAGAUGGCUGGCCGGGCGCCCAAGUCCAUGUCGGUGAUCGCUGGAUCAUGUGGAUACAUUGCUCCUGAGUACGCGUACACGCUCCGUGUGAACGAGAAGAGCGACAUAUACAGCUUUGGCGUGGUCCUCCUGGAGCUCGUGACCGGGAAACCACCGGUCGACCCCGAGUUCGGCGAGAAGGACCUGGUGAAGUGGGUGUGCAGCACCAUUGAUCAGAAAGGAGUAGAGCCGGUCCUGGACAGCCGGCUUGACAUGGCCUUCAAGGAGGAGAUCAGCAGGGUCCUGAACAUCGGCCUCAUCUGCGCGAGCUCGCUGCCGAUCAACCGCCCGGCGAUGCGGAGGGUGGUGAAGAUGCUGCAAGAGGUGCGCGCCGACCCGAGGCCGAGGCUGGACAAGGACGGCAAGCUGUUGCCGUACUACUACGACGACACCUCCGAUCAAGGGAGCAGUGUCUAAGUCUAAGGUAAACCGCAGAGCAUAACACGUCGGCCCCUUUCCAUGACUCGCCGAGCUCUAGGCAGGGAAGGUCCUAGGUAGAAUCAUGGCCAGUUUACGCCACAAGUUAACACAAGCUAAGCUAAUGGGGUAAAUCUGGAGUGCUGAUUUUGAUGGCUGAACCGCUUGUUGCCGACGCCUCCAGCGCCACUGUGAUCUGGAGUUGCUGUGCGCUCCAGUCGGUCGGCAAUGGAGGACAAGUGGGAGUUGGGGCAUAGCUAGCUAGCGGCGGUGUUCUUGGUUGUUCUAGCUGUCUGUGGGCCGUGCCAUUGAUUCCGGUAGGGACGCAGGGUAGAUGGUUUGUAUGGCCUUGAAGAAAAGUAUGCCAACGGAAGGAAUCCAAAUGUAGGCGUGUAAUUAGUACUAGUAGUAUGUUGCUUUCGCUUUCUGUCGAUGAAAUGUAAUGUUUGCUCCAUGCUCCUGGACCAUAUAUGGGUGGUUGUUGCAUCGACUAUGUAUGUAUCUCCAGCCAUUUUACUUUGUUUUCCGGGGUCCAGCUAUUUAGUUCGACUCAGAACAGAUAUGAGUUCGAAUGGAAUACUACUAGAGUACUACUGUAGUAGUAGAAUUUUGUUA